AUGAUAUUUUUAGUACGACCUAAAGUUAUAAAAAUAGCAAAGGCUCGUUUGAAAGGAGCUUUGAAAAGUUACAUGCUGAGACCAGUCAUUCGAUCUGUCGAAAUGGACGAACCGUUGGAAUAUCUGACCGAAAUGAGACAAGUGGUGAUACUCUUUAUCAAUGUAAUCACCUCGAACGUAGACAAACGAACAUUAAUUUUCUUAGUGAACACUGCUUAUAAACUAGUGUGCAAGAUUGUCGGUGGAAUGCACGGAUGUGUGAACAAAACGUCCCUCUUCGACAAAGAUCUGAUGUUUCUCUGCGUGUUCGGUUUACGUGGCGAUAAGCAUGAACUGGAGUCACAAAUCGGUUUAAAAUGCGCGUCGAAGUUACGAUCGAAUCUCACUGCGAUUGAAAAUAUCAAAUCCGUAACGGUGGGCGUGACCACGGGGAUGACAUAUUGUGGAGUUGUAGGUCAUAUCUUACGAAGGGAGUACACCGUGAUUGGAAUGUCAGUGAACAAGGCUGCGAGGCUUAUGGUAGCUUAUAAGAACAAGGUGGUCUGUGAUCGAGAGAGUUUCCUUCAUUCUCACUUGGAGGCAAGGCACUUCAUUUUACAAGAACCAAGAUAUUUAAAGGGAAUCACGAACGUUGGACCGAUAUAUGAAUUUCAGGAACAACCAAAGUAUACUGUGUCGAACUUAGUUUGGAUUAAGUAUCCUCUGCUUGGUCGACACAACGAACUUCAAAUUUUUAAGAAGAUGCUAAUGAAAUUAUUAGAGUACUCCAACGCAAGCAAGGAAAGUCGUAGUUCUCGACCAAAAUAUAACACACUUCUUAUAAAAGGCGAACCACGGGUAGGGAAAACGAGGUUAUUAGAUGAAUUUACGCAAAACAUUCCAGUAGGAACGCACUGUAAUUAUAUCUCUUUACAAGCGGAGCACAAUGAGACCCCGUACAACCUGAUAUAUUUAUUAUUUUCAAUGCCUCUUGGUUUCACUCACACGUCCACACGAAAAGAACGCGAAGACAAAUUGCUUUUACGACUGGGCAAGCUGAAGCAUCCGUACUUUUUGUGUAUUUUUAAUCAACUCUUCAACGUGCAUUUCUCUAUCACACAACAUUAUAAUGUACUAACUGAUGCGGAGAAACAAAAGCUUUUAAGAAAGUUCCUACUGAAAUUGAUGAAAAACUGCUUUCAAGAAUUGUGGGUGGUCAUAAUUGACGAUGCAGAAUACUGCGAUCCGGAGUCCUUGGACAUUUUUGAUGUUUUUACGAAGAAGGAUAAGAUAUUUUUUGUAUUGAGCAUUGGUCGAAAAUUGAGGACGGAUUUCCCAGUAUAUUUCAAUCUUUUGCAUAGAGGAAAGACGAAUACAAGAGAAAAGCUUCGGAAAUCCUGGCUGGAUCGAGAGUUAUUUAGUGAGCCUUCUCCAAAUCGGUGUUUUAGAAAUAAUACAUAUAACGAAAAAGGAAGCAAGAAUAAAGGGCUAUGUGCUCCCUCCUACAUAUAUGUUAAAAAGGUUUACUGAACAAAAAAGCAUAUUUAUACAAACAAACGACAGUGCAAUAUCAUUAUUAGAGAAAAGUAUAAGCAAACCACACUUGAUCAACAACGAAGAGACCAUGAUCGCGGUUUGUAACAUUUCCGAGAGUUUCGUAUUCGAGGACAUGGAACCCGAAAUUACAAUGGAUGUUAUGAUAUUGAAGCUAUUCGAUUCGCUGACACCACUUGAUCAGCUUCUCUUGAAAUGUGCUUCUGUCAUCGGAGAAACAGUAAACAGACACAUGCUAGAAAGUUUAAUGUCCGGCACCUCUAAAAGAGAAAUCGCACUUGAGCUGUGCAAUUUGUCAGCUGUUACGAAACUCUUUGAAAUACGAGUCUUUGGCUGUGCAGUCGGGGACUUCACCAAAAAUACAGGCCCUAUAAUACUUAUCAGAAACAUUCAAAAUCACACUUCAGAAAUGGACCUCUUCUGCAAGUGUAUUGGCCUCCAUAUUCCAGAUUGCUUACGGAAAAUCAGAAGAUAGAAUUGCACAACCAGGCAUUGAAAUAUUUGCAACAGUAUACAAGACGUUGCGUUUCUUGCGGGGAAGGUCAAUUUGCCAAAUUAUUGGGAAGAGUGUCGAAGAAAGAAGAAAGAAAGAAAAAACUGACAGACAUAAAUGAAAAUAAGGAGAAAGUGUCAAAGGAAGAAAAGCCAAAGAGAAAACGAAUAGACAUAGAAGAAAUUCUCGACGUGGAAUAUAAGGAUGUAGGUGUCACUGAGAAAAAGAGGAAAAGUAAAUUGAAAGUUUCUUGCCUGAAUUUAUUUCGAAGUGUCGAGAAGAAGCCGACGCUGACAUUUUCAAACGUGGAUUUUUCAAACUGCCUGUGCGAUCUAAUAUUGAUGACAGUCUAUAUUCAAAUACUCGAUCACUGUCGUGGUAUUGGAAAAAUUGAAAUGACGCUAACUGCUCUUCUAGAGUUUGCAGAGAUUUGCUUGCUUACUUGUAACAUACCGCAAGCUCGAAAGCUUCUAUCCGAGAGCGAAACUGUUGUAAAAAAGCUAUUCGAGUCGGACGAAGACGAAAUUGUUCUUUUGCCUUAUCUCACUGCGAAGAUACAAACCCUUCAGGGGCAAUGUUUUCUCGAAAGCGGCUCAAUUUUUGAAGCUGAAGAAACACUUGAAAUGGCAUUGAACAGCUUAGGAUACAAAUUUCCAAAGCUAGAAAUGAUGAUUGAUCUGAAUUCGAUCGCGCAAUUAGUGAACUUGAAAUUAAAAUUGAUUUGUUUCAAUGAUACAGAACUUGAAACCAGUCUCGAAGGGGAUGACGUGGAUUAUAAAAAACAAUUAUCAGAAUGCUUGGCACAAAUGUUCGAACUCUUCAGGUUUAAAGGGAUGAAGAAACACGCUCGUUUAGCAGCAAUUUGGGGUUUAAACGCAGCUUUAGAUUCUAAGAAAGAUUUGCAUGUUCUCUGCACAGCAUACACCAACAUCAUAAUCACAGCACACAUGUAUCAAGAGAGAUACUUCAUUCCUUACCUGGAACAGAGGGGUAUCGAUAUUUGCAACGAAAACAAAGAAGCACUUGAAUCGCAAGAAUUGAAUGUGAUCGCUCAAUUUUACGCAGGAAUAUUCUUUUCUCGCUGGCUAAAGGGACAGAUCUCGAAAGCUAUCCAGAUUGGUUUCAUUUGUUGCAGAAUGGCCAAUACAAUCGGAUCCACGUUUUUAAAGCUGCUGAUACUACCACGAUUAGCUCACUUGCUAAUGAUCUCUUGCCGACAUUCAGAAGUGGUUACUCAAUUAAGGGAAUUGGAGUUUGUAUCUCAUCAACAUUUCGACAAAUCUGGACGUACUUGGUAUUAUGCGCUUUGCGCUGACGUUCAUUUAGAUACUGGAUUAACGAUACUCUCGUUUCAAGCCUGCGAACAAUAUUUCCUUCAGGAAGGCGAACAAAUGAUCAGUUUACAUGAUCCAGAAGCGGAAAGACGAUAUUUUACAUCUAUGUGGCUGUGUAUCAGAACUGAAGAAUGGGAAGCUGCAAAAGUAUGGAGCGGUAGAAAGGUUGAGAGCACUAAUAUAACGGAUGAACAUAUAGUAGCAGCAACAAUUACUUCGUUAAAGAAGCUUGAAGGUCUACUUAUUCUUUAUGUGCAUAAAUUAAAUAGUAGAAAUGCUGAUGCAGCUGUCACAAUGAUGGAGAUUAAAAGUAUAUUGAAAAAUGCAAAGAAAAUGAGCAAGAUUGUUGAAAUUGCAAUUCCUAGAUACAUGUUGCUGAAAGCAUAUUACUGGAUGAUAAGAUCACAAGUAAAUGUGGCAAUGAAACUUUUAAAAAAAUUACAGAGAGUAUGUCAAAAGAUGGAGAACAAAAUGAUUUACACGUGGGCACUACAUUGUGAAAAGGCUUGGUCAGGUGGAAUCUCUUCUGUACAUACAGAUAAAUGGAGAGAAAUCUCAGAGAAUAAAAUGUUAGAUAAAUGGGACGAAAUUAAUGCAAAUAAUUCAAAUAUGAUAAUUUUUACUUUUCCCCUACCAAAAUAUAUUCUUUAA